AGGACAACGGUACAACGGGCAUAAUGCCACCCAAGAGUUUGGACGCUGCUGAUUGUGCAGUUUUUGGCAUUCUUACGGCUGUGGGAUACGUGGUCGGCCUCUACUUUUCGUUUGCUCGCCGUCGACGACAGUUCACGUCAGCGGACCAUGGCAGCAACAGCGCUGCGAUGGAGACAUUCCUUGGCGGGCGCAGCCUUCCCGAAGCCGCCCUGACGGUCUCAGUUCUGGCCUCCGUGGUCAACGGAGUGUCGGUGGUUGGCUUCCUCGGACAUUUUUACGGCUACGGAUUCCACACCAUGUGGCCACUGUCCGCAAUGCCACUGGCGGUGCUCGUAACGUCGACGGCACUGGUGCCUCUGCUGUACAACAUGCGCGCUGCUUCUAUCUUCCAGUACCUGCGCCUACGUUUCGACAACAAAGUCGGCAUCACCGCUUGCAUCGUCUACUUCAUGCUCAGUCAAACCCUGGGAGCAGUGGGAAUCUACAGUGCCGCUGUUGGAGUAUCUACAAUGUUUUCCGUGCCCCUGCUGUACUGCAAUGUUGCCAUCGGUCUGGCCGGAACUAUUUAUACAGCUCUGGGUGGACUUCGUAGCGUUGUAUGGGCAGACUGUGCUCAAGCAGCGGUGAUGGCUGCGACACCUGUAAUCAUCAUUGGAAAAGUCAUCUACGACUCAGACAGCGCCAACCCACCGUUGAGGCCUCUCUCUGACUUCAAUGCUACGCAGUACAUGUUUAGAACGAGCUUUGACCCGACAACCGAGGAGAACGUUUGGAGUGGUUUGGCAGGAGCGCUGCCUUACAGCUUUGUGCGGUUUGGGUUCGACCAGAUGGUAGUGCAACGAUUCAUGGCAGCGAGGACCCUACGAGAAGCAAAAAGGCUAGCCGUCACCGGUGCCGUUCUUGUAAUCGCCUUCUUUGUCACGUCAGCAUUCGGAGCCUUGUCAAUAAUCUACUGGUACAGAGACUGUGAUUUAGCUCUAUCCGGUGCCAUCAGCAGCUACGACCAGGUUGUUCCAUACUUCUUAAGAGAGCGGCUCUCUGACGUUACAAUGGUGCGGGGCAUAUUCUUGGCUGGUCUGCUGAGUGCUUCCACAAGCACGGUGUCGUCAAUCGUCAAUUCUCACGCAGCGACGUUCUACAUCGACAUCGUCUCGCCAUACGUCGACAUGAGCGAGAGUACAGCGGUGAACGUGAUGCGCCUUCUGGCUCUGGCCAGUGGCACCAUAAUGACGCUCUUCGCAAUCGCCGUGCCAUAUGUUGGCUCGGCUACAACGGUAUUCGUUUCCUUAUACACCUCCGCUGCGGGCCCGUUUGCUGGCCUCAUUCUUCUGGCGAUCUCGUCGCCGUGGGUCAACGCAAAGGGUGCAGCGUUGGCAUGCCUGCUGGCCUGUGCACUGCAGUUGUGGCAUGCCGUGGGCAGAGGACUAUCGGCUAUGCCUGCUCCACCUGUGAUUGCCGGGACGAUGGACCGGUGCCCGCUUGUGACCAAUGACACCGAUCCCGCAGAAGGGGUCGAAGAAUUCCAUGAAUGA